CAGAGGAAGGAGGAAGGGGUGGGAACGUUGACAGUAGUUGUACCAGUAACUUUGCCUUGAUGUUACCCAGCAGACUGUCCCCACCAGCCAGUCCGACCGGUACUUCCACAAACCCCAUGCUGGAGGCACGGCACACCGCGGGCGCCAAGCGCUACAAGUACCUGCGCCGCAUCCUCAAGUUCCGACAGAUGGACUUUGAGUUUGCACUCUGGCAGAUGCUCUACUUGUGUGUGGCACCACAGAGAGUAUACAGAAAUUUCCACUACAGAAAACAAACAAAAGACCAGUGGGCUCGAGAUGACCCAGCCUUCCUUGUGUUGCUCAGCUUCUGGCUGUGUGCAUCUUCCCUUGGUUUUGCCAUUGUGUUGCAGUUGAGUGUGAUGGGGAUGAUUAAACUACUCCUGUGGGUUAUCUUUGUGGACUGUAUUGGAGUUGGGCUCAUGGUAGCCACCCUACUGUGGUUUGUUGCCAACAAGUACCUACAGACCCAGAAGUCAGACCAGGAAGUGGAGUGGGGCUAUGCCUUUGAUGUCCACCUGAAUGCCUUCUUCCCACUGCUGAUCAUUCUACAUGUCAUACAGCUCUUCUUCAUACACCCUCUGAUUGACAAGGAGUGGUUCAUGUCUCGGCUGUUUGGGAACACCCUGUGGCUGAUUGCCCUGGGGUACUACCUGUACAUCACAUUCCUGGGAUACAGCUCCCUGCCAUUCCUGCGGCACACAGUAGUCCUGCUGUACCCUGCCAUGCUCAUUGUCCUCACGUUUUACAUAGUCUCCCUACCAGUGGGCUGGAACUUCACCCAGGGUCUCAUGUGGUUCUACAGAUAUAGAGUCGGGCAUUAUGUAUAGUCUCUAAUCUUCUAAAGUUCAUCUGUAUUGGUAAAAGUCAUUAUGAAGCAAGAUUAGACUGUCAUUUCCAACACAAGAAAUUUGACUUACAGUC